CGGCAUUCGCAACCAGUUCGUGUUCGAACGUUAUAAGGUGCACAUCUGGAGGAGCGUGUGCUAAUGUAACGCGCGUUUUGCCGUCGAUAUUUCGUCGAUUUUCGUUUUUGCGAGUGUGUGUUGCCGCCGCGUUUUGCGAGUGUUGCCCCCGUUUUGGCUUAAACCAACAAAACAAAAAAAAAAGGAAUAAGAAAAUACAAAAAGAGUGACAGAUACAGCUGCAAUCCCUGAGAAACUUUUGGAUAUACUGCUGCAUAUUCCCGAGUUAUUUUCGGCUGGCCGCCUCAUGUCGUUGUUAUUGUCCCCAUUGCCGGUGACUGUGAACAGACCCAAUCGAAACUGAGCCGAGUUAACCUAAUAAGCACAUCAUUUGAUGUAGCAGCGAUAUAUAUCCUCCACAAGACUGCCCUUUGAGAGAGAGAGUAUCUUAAGACUAGGUCUUAUAGUCGUAUAUAGUCGUCCAGCGAAAUGGCUGCCUACACACAAUUCGGAUACGGAGGCUUUCCGUCGGCCUCGCAGCUCCUGCCGCCAAGUGCCCAAGUGCCGACGGAGGACGCUUCCGCGAACGUGAAUGUGAACGUGAACGAGGCGCUGGUGAUGACAAACGCCCCGGCGAUGAGCCCCACGGGAGGUCAGGAUUGUCAGGGCAGCCAGCCGCCCGGCGGAGCUGGCGGAGAUGCCUCCUCGGGGGCGCUCAGUCCCAAUGCUCUUUCGCAGAACUCGAAUGCGGCGACGGUGGUUGGAGCCGGGGCAGGAUCUUCGGCGGGAGGAGGAGCGGGAGCGGACUUGACCACCGGUGGCUCCCUGGACGGCAAUGGUGUGGGCACGACGCCCACGGCCGGUGGAGCUGGCGGCUCCUGCUGCGAGAACGGGCGGCCCAUAAUGACCGACCCGGUGUCGGGUCAGACCGUCUGCUCCUGCCAGUACGACUCCGCACGCCUCGCCCUCUCCAGCUACUCCCGUCUGCCGGCGGCCAGCGUCGGCGUCUACGGAACGCCCUACCCCUCGACGGACCAGAAUCCCUACCAGAGCAUCGGAGUGGACAGCUCCGCCUUCUAUUCGCCGCUGAGCAAUCCGUACGGACUCAAGGACACGGGCGCGGGUCCGGAGAUGGGAGCUUGGACUUCGGCCGGACUGCAGCCCACCACGGGCUAUUAUUCCUACGAUCCCAUGUCGGCCUAUGGUUAUGGAGCCAGUUAUGAUCUGGCCGCGCGCCGCAAGAACGCCACCCGCGAAUCCACGGCCACGUUGAAGGCCUGGCUGAAUGAGCACAAGAAGAACCCUUAUCCGACGAAGGGCGAGAAGAUCAUGCUGGCCAUCAUCACCAAGAUGACCCUCACCCAGGUGUCCACUUGGUUCGCGAAUGCCCGCCGCCGGCUAAAGAAGGAGAACAAGAUGACCUGGGAGCCGAAGAAUCGCACGGAUGACGACGACGAUGCCCUGGUGUCGGACGAUGAGAAGGACAAGGAGGACUUGGAGGCGAGCAAGGGAAGCCAGAGUGGCAGCUUGGCCAAAGAUGAGACCAAAGAGGAGGAGGAUGCCAUAGACGAGGACCAGAAGUGCUUGGGUCAGGCGAACAUACUGCGGGCGGGCUUUGGCUAUCCCUCGGCUGGUAGUGCUGGUGGUGGCGGUGGCUAUCCGGGCGGAGGAGGCUCCUCCGGCGGACACCCGGGUGGCUAUCACCCCUAUCACCAUCAGCAUCCCGCUUACUACCAGGCCGGCCAGCAGGGCAUGCUGCCCUUUCAACACGGAGAGGGCUCCAAACUGCAGGGCGAUCUUGGGGAUCCAAAAAACCAGCUAGGCCGGGACUGUGGCGUGCCGAUUCCAGCUACCAAGCCGAAGAUCUGGAGUCUGGCCGACACAGUUGGCUGCAAGACCCCACCGCCGGCUUACAUGGGUCACCAAUCGAUGCUGCUGCAGCAGCAGCAGCAGCAACAGGCACAGCAGCAACAGCAGCAGCAGCAAUAUCCUCCGCAGGAUGCAGGACGGGAUCAGCAGCUGUUCAAUGGGGCCGCAGCUCCCUACCUGAGGCCGCACACCACGGCCUACGGGGGUUUUCUAGGGGCUACGACCCAGCAGCUGCAUACUACGAGCAGCAAUAUCCCCUACAGCAAUAUGCCCCCUCAGCAGCAGCAGCAGCCGCAGCAGCAGCAGCAGUUGCCAGUGGGCGGUACCAUCCAUACUACGGCAAAUUCGAGCGGACCACUGCAGUUCCAUCCGCAGCAGCAGCGGCAUCCGCAGCAGCAACUGCUGCAGCAAUCUCAGUCCACAGCGAGUCAGCGGGCGAUGGGGUUUCUCGAAGCCCAACCAGAUACUCCACCCCAAACUCCGCCGAAUAUGAAGGUGCUGAGCGGAGCUUUGAGUCUCCUGCCUACCGCUUCUCAAGCCCCUAUGAUCGCUACCUGUCGCAGCAGUAAUGCCUUCGGCUUCACCUCCUCCAGCUACCCCAUGAACUUCUCGGCUCGGAUCGGGAUCGGGGAGUACUCGCCACGGGAUGACUACAGCAGCGGGAACAGCAGCAGCAGCAGCUCCUCGUCGCCACAACUGCAGCGUAAUGAGGCCAUGUUCAAGCCGCUCUUCAGGAAGUUCACCAACACCAACUAAUCGGACGGCAUAUAUACUCUAUAUAGUAUAUAGUAGCAAACCAUUAUAUGGGAUCGUGCAAAUCAACAGACGGAUUGUGUAAUAUUAACUGUAGCCCCCGCCCCCGUAUAUUGCGCGUUAAGUAACUUCAAGUUUCAUUCAAGUUAUGCAUCGUAUCUAGAGUACCAGAUCAAAUGUUUCUCUUCAAAACUGCAAUGUAAGCUUAGGCUAAAUACUAAACUAGCGCAAUAAGAUUGUAAACUGUGAUACGUUUUUCAUUGUCUAACAGACUUCACACUAAACACUUCGUCUAUAUGAACACAUAAUCUAAAUAAUUUUAACUCGUUUAAUAAAAUUCUUUAUAAUCAUGAAA